CUCACGCUCCUGUUGUCGAGUCAUGUGUUCACCUUGCCGCUGCACACUUCCAAUGACCAGAACUAAACCCACUGCCCGCCAGUCCAUCCCAACUCAUCAAACCCAUGCCACCCCACCCUACCGGGUGCUCUGGGCUUUACCUCAGCUUCCCCUGCAGCCCUUGGACUGUGGGCUGGAACUCACCAGGUGACUGCUGGUGGACUUUGGACCUCGGACUUCCUGGCUUCGUUAUGACGUGUUCAUUGGCAAGCAUGGCUGUGCCGUUGGAGGGAAUGUUACUGAAAGGUUCCCCCUGUCUCCCCAGGAGUCUCUGGAUGGGCCCAAGCCAGCUGGGCUGGCUUCCUGGCCCUGCCCACAUCUUUCUCAGCAUUUGCACGUGCUGGCACACCUGUCACUAGGACCUGCCGACGUAGGCUGCAGCCCUGUCACUACAACAUCGCAGCCUUUGGCUGUGCAUGGCCUGUUCGAGCCGUCUGUCUCCCCUUCCAGUGGCCUGUCUUCUGAAGACCACCCCAGGAGCACAGCAAGUCACCAAGGAGUACGGCGUCUGCGAGAACCUGCGGAAGCUGGAGAUCACAGGCGUUUCCUGCCGGGACGUCUACGCCAAGCUGCUGCACCGCUACCGGCACAUCCUGGGGCUCUGGCAGCCGGACAUCGGGCCUUACGGCGGGCUGCUGAACGUGGUGGUGGACGGCUUGUUUAUCAUUGGGUGGAUGUACCUGCCACCCCACGACCCGCAUGUGGAUGACCCGAUGCGCUGCAAGCCUCUGUUCAGGAUCCACCUGACGGAGCGGCAGUCAGCCACCGUGGAGUGCAUGUACGGCCACCGGGGGCCCCACCAUGGCCACGUGCAGAUCGUGAAGAAGGAUGAGUUCUCCACCAAGUGCAACCAGACGGACCACCACCGCAUGUCGGGGGGCCGGCAGGAGGAGUUCCGGACAUGGCUGCGGGAGGAGUGGGGUCGGACACUGGAGGACAUCUUCCACGAGCACAUGCAGGAGCUGAUCCUGAUGAAGUUCAUCUACACCAGCCAGUACGACAACUGCCUGACGUACCGCCGGAUUUACCUGCCGCCCAGCCACCCCGACGACCUCGUCCCGCCAGGCCUCUUCAAGGGCACCUACGGCAGCCACGGGCUGGAGCUCAUCAUGCUCAGUUUCCACGGCACUCGGGCCCAGGGCACCAAGAUCACUGGCGACCCCAACAUCCCGGCUGGGCAGCAGACCGUGGAGGUGGACCUGCAGCGCCGCAUCCAGCUGCCCGAGGCCGAGAGCCCGCACAGCUUCAGCGCGCUCUCGAGAGCGGUGCUGGAGGCCGGGAAGCAGGCGAGGCAGCAGGAUGGUGCACAGGGCCCCGCCCCACCUUCCCCGGACCCCGCCCCGCCCACCAAGGAGGCUGCCCGGGGACCCGCCGAGGGCUGCCAGGAGACCCAGGGCAGCACUGGGGCUGCCCAGCCGCCCACCAAGCCGGGGCAGCCAUUUGUGCUGCCCAUGGGCGUGAGCUCUCGCAGCCAGGACUACCCCCGCACCUGCCGGGUGUGCUUCUACGGCACGGGGCUCAUCGCGGGCCACGGCUUCACCAGCCCUGAGCGCACGCCCGGGGUGUUUGUGCUCUUCGACGAGGACCGCUUCGGCUUCCUCUGGCUGGGGCUGAAGUCCUUCAGCCUGUACAGCCGUGUCAGGGUGGCCUUCCAGAGUGCCCAGGCGCCCUCCGCACGCGCCUUCGAUGACAUGCUCAAGAACAUCCAGGCCCCCACGUCCUGACAGCCCCCCGGGGG